AUGCCAAGGCAAAGAAAGAUCGAUCUUUUUAACUGUGAUCAGCUCUACGAACUCCGUGUCAUCGAGGAUUUACUAAACUCCUCCAAACCGAUGCUGCAUGACAAACUUGGUUUCGAUUUCACAGUGGAGCAUCACUACUUCUCCCUAACUGAAAUGGAUGAAUUGAGUGAGAAAGUUAUUCCCGCACUAAAGAUGGAUUUCGCAAUUUUCGUCGUUCACGCUAAAGAGUCACGUCUGUCGAUAAACGAUGGCCGCGGUUAUACCAAGGUAUACAGAGCUUUAAUGAAAGCUACAGGUAAGAAUUCAAAACGCCUCCAGUAAUACGUCUUAUUAUUGCAGUUUUCAUUGAAUUGCAAAGAUACAGUACAGAUCUUUGUGGCAGGAGUGGACAAAAAAUUAAAAGGGGGUCUCAAUUGGGUUAACCGUCAGCCGUCAGUUUAUGUGAUAACCGCGUCAACCGUCAAAACGAUAAUUGUUGGUUUUCACAUGACGACACUAAAAUUUAAACUAAAAAACUAUCCAUCCUACCGAGAAUUUACUUUCACAGUGCAUUAAAGCAGCUGAAAACUUAUUUUCAUACAAAUUUUCGCUGCAAAAGGGUCCUUGGUUUUGUGAUAGAGUACGCUUGAAUUUUUAAGCUUUUGAGUGACGCGGCAUUUACAUGACGGCAAAGAGAUCUGUGAUGUAGGUUAAAAAAAUGACUUAUUUCAGGAAAGUUUGCCAUCUAAACAGUUCAUGUUUUAGAAAAAAAAUUACUUUAAUGUUUAUGAGUUUCUCGAAGAAUAAAUUCACGCUUUUGUAGCAAAACUCGGUAACAGAUGUUUCUGUUGGUUUCCGUCCACCAUGUUGGAGCUCAUCCAGGUGAGCACCAGCAUGGCGUCUGCAUACAAAUCUCUAUAAGUUUGGGUAAAACAUUUCUUCGGAUAUGUCGUAUACGAAAUAUUCCUCUGACCUGAAUCUUGGCGAGGGUCUUUGCAUAUGUACCUCCUUUCAUUUCCCAGAUUCUGGACUUUAUCAAUUGAACGGUUUUGGUUUUUAUUUUGAUCUAUUGUGAAUGGCAUGACAUUGAAAACCAGCAAUUAUUUACUGCAAGAGAAACAAUUCGAGCCAAUCGAGCGAUAUAAGAUGCGAGUUUCCUUCGGUGAGGACCAAAUGGACGCAUUGCGAGUUUUAGGGUAUUGCCUGGGGGGGAGGAUACUUCUGGGGAUUCUUGGUGGGGGUGUGCCGCCCAGUUCUUCAAAUCCUGACCCUAUUUCAGACCAAAAAAUGUAAUUUUCUACACCCGUUUUCAGACCAGACCUCUAAAAUCCAUACCUGUUUUCAGACCUGGCCGUUACGCAGAAAUUAUUUUACCAUUACUUAGAUUGGAGGGCAAACAAAAAAUUUCUUCAAAUCCAUUUCGAAUUCGCAUAUUUCUUUUUCUUUCUUGCUCAUUUGGAAUUAGAAACGAUAAAUACCUUCAUACACUCCGUAGUUCCCUCGAAAACCAUACUCGGUUCCAGACCAGAAUGGGCGAAGUGUCAACCCGUUUUCAGACCAAAACGGCCCAAAAACCCUACCCGAUGGGGAGGCACAUACUUACGUACGUUACGUAAGGGAGUAUCCCCCCCGGAGGCUAUGGAUAGCUUGUUACUGGCACGACUGAAAAUCAUACCGGAUAGGGCUUCUGUUCACACAUAAGAACGGUCACUUCGGCACGACUUCUGUGACGGAGCGAAGCUGGGCCGCGCCGAUCUCUCAGUGGAUCGGGAGUCACAUAUCGGAUAGGUGCUCAUACUAUCCCGGAUAGCUUUCCGUGUGGUACGAAAAGCUAUCCAGUAUAGCCGGGUGAAAAUAGCCUUAAUCUUCUUUUUAUUGCCAAGUAAUUAAUAUGACAGAGCUGUGCGAGAGUCUGUAUUAUUCUUGUUAUGACAGGUGAACUUAUUGUAUGACCUGUAUUUUUUCGUGACCAACUAUUUUGAAAAUAUUUAUAUUAGUUAUAUGUUUUAUGUAAGCUGGAAAAAUUUCACAUUGUUUCAUAAGUGAAAGCAAGAGAGGAUAAAGAGUUUUAUCCUCUCUUAGUGAAAGACCACAACGAGCUCCAAAAUCGUGAACUUAGAUCUUAAAAAUACAAAAAUUAUAAAUAUUCACUUUAAAAUUCCUUAGAUGAAAUUUCCUUGAUAACCUUCAUCCGUCAAAAGCCCUACAAUUUAAACCAAUCGUCAAAAUGGGCAGCAUUUAACCGUCAACCUUCAAAGCUAAACUCCCAUUGAGACCCUCACAAAACCAUUGGAAAUCAAUGUGACACCGUUUAGUUGUACGCACUCAUGAGCAAUUGGUGUGUUGUGACUGAAAUGCGCCACACUGAUUUGCAUUGCUAAACAAGAGCCCCUAUAACAGUCUUAUAACGAGCAAGAAUUAACAAAUUACUCACUCGAUCCCCAACCUACCAAGACGGAGUAUAUGCUGCUCAGUAGACGUGGGCUACUGACUGGGCCAAAACAAGCUAUUAAGAUGGGUGAUUACUAUAGAGGAGAUUGUUUCUACAAGAUGCUUAGGUGCUAGAUAGACAAUGCUCUUAAAUGGGAUCUUCACGUAUCGGAAAUAGCGAAGUCGUUUACGCAGAAGUUGAACUUACUUAUUAUUAAAGCACUGCGGUUUCCUGCCUAGAAAGGCGAGAACUGAUUUCUAUUUUGGGGUUAUUUUGCCCUCUGUAACGUAUGGAAUGUUAGUUUGGGGCUCUUGUGGUCAAGUACUUUUCUCAAACCUAGAAUCUAUACUGUUAGAGCGGCAAAAAUAAAAUUUAACUUAGAUUGGUGUACGUCAGGCCAAGAGGUUCUUGCCGCUGCAAAAUGGAAUACCUUAGAGUUUACGUAUGAGAAACGAUUAUUAAUUUUAGCGCAUCAGGCUUAUUAUCAUCUUUUACCAUGUCCUAUGAACUGUCUUUUUGAAAAGUAUGUAAGUAGCUACAAUCUCAGAAGGAAAAUGACCUUUAAGUUGCCUAGGCCUAAGACCGAUGUGGUCAAGAAAUCGUGCUCAUACAAGUCAAUUAUUCGGUGGAAUGCCCUGGAAAACUAAAUGAGAUCAAUUCAUGACAUUGACCCUUUUAAAAAGUCACAAGUGUGUUUUUAAGCCACAUAUAUUAUAAUGAUGUACUGUGUAUAAGAAUUUUUAUUGUUGUAAUUGUAAAUACGUAGAAUUCUUAUAUUAGUCUUAUUGUGCUUAGUGAAGAAGUUUAAUUUUGUUGUUUGUAUAUACGACCACUGCUAACAAAACAACUCAACCUCGUCUCCAGGUUUUCUCGGUUAACGGUUCAAUAAUCUACAACUUUCGCUUCAAUUUUGACGUCAUCGGUUCAAUAUGGCAAAAUUCUUCCAAAUUUGGUCAACAGUAGCUGGUUAUGAUAUGUGUGUGGUUUUAGCCAAUCAGAAACGGAGAAAUAUUUUGAAUGAAUAAUAAUACGCAAUAUUACACUUUAAAUGAAUUUCAUUGUUUUCUUUUGUUUACUCCUUACCAUUUGGAGCUAAUUGUUACGUAAUAUAUCAUGCAUGCGACAAGUCACUGCGUUUCAUCACCAGAUGAAACACUGAGAAGAGAGCUGAAAAUACGACGCGCAGCGGAAGAAUUUUUGGCGGACUUCCAGGAGUUUCAUCUGUGUCAAAUGCCCGAUAUUACUUCUCAAAAAAAAAAGAUUUUAGAACGAGAAAUUAAGGAUGCAAAACCGAGCAGUUUUUCAUCUGAUUACCAAACACUAAUUAAACACUUUAAAAUUUUCUUUGUAUUUUUUAAGAAAUAUUAAUGAGUUGAAAAAUAUUGUUUAUUCAUGGCAUUAGUAAAAUCACUCUAACUCGGCUAUUAUUACUGUACUAAUAACCUGAGUCCAGUUAUUUCGACUUGUAAUCAAUAGCUACUUCCUGCUGUCAUGAAUUCGGUGCGAAACAGAUGAUUCGUAUUUGCUUCCGAUUGAUUUGUUCUCAGUACACGUUCAUGGUUGCAGCCAUAAUGUCAUGAUAACAGUAUUCAUCGUUCGUUUUUAAAAUUCGGCUACUGUAACAUGCUACUUGGAUCUAACAGUGACCAGUCUUCCCAAAAACAAGGUCAAGUUUCUCUAAAGGAUAUCCUCUUUUGGUAGGAGGCAAUGUUAUCUUGUUAUUGGAGCAGAUGACAACUACAAAAACGAAGAGGAGGAAGAACAAUCAUUUAUCUCGCCGUGGGCCCGAAGAAUUGUCUGUGUACAGUUCAACGAAGAAUAUUUGGAUGGCAGGAAAAGCUUCGUCUUUUCCUGGGGCGAAAAACACAGGCAAAUUCACGUGGAAGCUCUGAUGCAUUUUUUUUGA